CAAAAAGCUGUGCAUUCGAGUUACCGCCCGAUCUCCCCUGGACCUCGGGAGUUCCAUCAAUUCGUGAACCAGCUCAUUUCUUGCUUCUGUCUUUUUCUUGACCAGCUCUUCAAUUUGAUCAGACUUCCAUGCCCGGUAGGAUGGAAUAUAAAGCCCAGAAGAAAAGCCGCCACUUAUCGCCCAUCCAGUGGCACCGUGACCAUGGCACACGGCGGAGAGCCAUACUUACUUCUCACUGGCCCACUUUUUAUCGGGACGAUACUCAAUUGGACUCUCUUGGGGACAUUGUUUAUUCAGUCCUACGUGUACUAUCACUCAAACUACAAGGAUUCUCGAUGGAUUAAAGGAUUGGUUCUUUUUACGCUCAUUCUGGAUAUAGUGCAGACUGUCUUCGUUACACAUUCUGUCUGGGGAAUCCUAAUACUUGGAUGGGGAAAUCCGGCAUCAUUUGCUAAUCCGCCUUGGACUUCUUAUACCUUUCCAGUAAUGAGCGGAGUAGUCGCCGCCCUCAUUCAGACCUUUUUCGCCUGGCGUGUCUGGGUGCUAGGGCGGAACAUGAUCGCCUAUGCUACCGCGAUUCUCAUUGUCCUCAUCGGCAUGACCCAAAUGCUCGCGGGUCUGGUUGCGGGUAUACAGACCGCUUUCAUUCCUAUUGCAGACGUCGGAAAAUUGUCCCCGCAGUUUACGGUUUGGCUGGCUGGAAGCUUGGCGGCAGACGUGAUAAUCGUGAUUGCGAUGUUGGCAAUGCUCCAUAAAAACAGGUCGACUAUUGGUGCAACAAACCGGCUCAUUGACCGCCUCACAGUUCGGGUUGUCCACACUGGCGCAGUUACCGCAAUUGCGGCGGCAGUGGAAUUGAUUCUAUUCCUCAUCAUGCCCGAAACCUUUGUUCACGAUGUUCCGGCUCUUUUCCUGGGAAAGCUCUACACCAACGUUCUGUUAGCAAAUUUGAACACCAGACGAAGUGGUGAUACUACAUAUAACUCGCAUAAGCACAUAUCUGUGGUCCAUUCGGACUCCCCGAGUGAUCUUCCCAUGGUAAAAUUUCGUACAGGAGCGUCAUCUGGGCCCGAAUCUACGGUUCGUGCUUCCGAAUCUUACAAUCAUCUGAACACCAGCGGGGUUCAGGUCAAAGUUGUCGAUGACGUUCUCUCGGACCACGUUUGAUCGCGAACGGAUCCAAUGAACACAACGGCUCUAUCACCGAGAACUAAUGAAUUGAUAGACUCGACCCCGUUUUCUCUUCCUGCUCCUGGGUUUCACCCGACACCAUUUUGACAGCGGCUCUCUCUUUAGUUCGAUACUGAGAGUUGAUAUAUGUAUACUUGGCAUUUAUAUGAAUACAACCGUUCAUCACAGCGAAGCCAUGAUCCUAUGAACGGGCUGCAGACCUGUCGCCAGUAUUG